UGCCCUUGGAGAACUAUAUUAUAGUUAUGUCGGGAAUCCAGAUUCAUCUCAAGAAGCUACUAAAUAAAUCAACAAGACAGAAUACCAAAGCUGGUUUCUCCUCUUCUAUGCAUCUGUCUUCCAAAGAAAUACCUUGAACUUCAUUUUGUGCUUUAUCUUUCUCCUGAUUUAAAGCAAAGCCCUUGAGAACUGAUGCCUGCAUAACAAAAUGUUCUCCAGCUUUGAGGUUGGUCUUUCUCAGUGCUACCCCAUAAUGAGGAGUGCAUUGUAUUAUUUUUGAGACUGGGAAUGAGGUGUCUGUCUCUCUCUCUUUCUUUAAUAACUUUAAUAACUCCAAGACUGGGCUUCAUCUUUUAAGUUUAAUAACUCCAAGACUGGGCUUCAUCUUCCUUCCUUCUUUCUCUUGUGGUGGAAAGCAGCUCACCUGAACUCUGAAACAUGGGCUUGAAUUCAUCCAAGACCCAUAGGAAGGUCACCAAAGUGACACCAAUGCCAUGUGAAGAAAGAGAACCAAAACAACCUGGUAGUGUGACAGUUUAUUCGUUCCAGUCCCUGCCAAGCUCAUUUGUUUCUUCAUCAGGGAGAAACCCAGUUCUGGAAAGACAACUUCCACCUUUGCGAGAGACAUGCUAUGGAAGAUAUCCCACAGUGCCCAGGCCAAAUCUGUUAGACCACACAAGCAUCAUCAAGCAACAUCCACCUCGAAGGCUUCAGAAAUUGGAGCCAUUUAUACUUGCAGACAACAUCCCUGCAUCCAAAUACCUGAACUUGCAGGGUGGGACACUGACACAGCAGGAAAAGUUAACCUGGAAGGAACUAGGGAGAGGAGAGCAAGUUGCUAAGCACCCUGUUGGAAGAAGGCAGUAUUUACUCCAAAUGAAAAUGCUUGAAAUAAGAAAAGAGGCAGAACUGAAAAGGCGUCUGCAACAGGAGGCUAGGCUUAAUAGGCCAAAAAUGAGGGAUCUUCAUUUGCUGGGCACACUUGAGUAUAUGCAGGGAACUCGAAGCUCUGAUGAGGAAGAGCAACACUCUGCUGAGCAUGAGCAAACAUUUAAUGGAAGCCAUGGAGAUUUGUGGCACAGAGAAUUUCUUAAAGAGUCUGGGUCACCUAAAUCCCAUUUAGACCAGAGGGACAAAGUGGAAACAUGGCUGUUGAAGCAACAAGCAACAAUGGAGUCAUCUUCAGAUGCUUCAAGCAUUGACACCAAUAACUGGAGCGACUGCAAUGACAACUUUAGGAAACCUUAUCGGAGGCCUGCCUUAGUGAGAACUAAGACAGAAAGGAUGACCCUUUUUGAUGAUUUUUUUGAUAAAGAACUCUAAAUUUAGAGGUGGUAUUCUGGCAUUAUUCCCCCUUCCAUUUGUAAUUCUAUCUAUCUGUCUGUCUAUCUAUCUAUCUAUCUAUCUAUCUAUCUAUCUAUCUAUCUAUCUAUUCUAUCAUCAUUUAUCUCUAUCUCCGUUCAUAUUUAUUCUUGCCUUAGAAAAUCUUCUAAAGAGAAGAAAACAGUACAUGCCAUUGUGGUCAACAGCCAGCCUGCAUCAUGGUACUGAAGCUCCCCUGCCAUUCUAAAUGCCAGGCAGCCUUUGAGUAUGAAUACACACUUUUUCUCAAGCAUAGGCUUUAGCACAUAGGCUUCAGCACAGAUUCUUGGGGGAUUUACCCCCCUCCACGCUUCUUCUUUUUCUUCUUCUUAUAGAGGAAAAAAAAAACCUUUGUUCUUUUAAAAGAAGAAAGUGCAUUCUGGGAAACAGAGCAAGAAAUUAUUGUGCUUGAGCUAGAAAAAGAAGUGGGAUGUACUAUCACUCCAACAACUUUGAUAAAUAGCUGGAAUUACUCCAAGAGGCUGCAACAGAGGACAUUUUGCUGAGAUUCAUUUUACAACUUACUGAAGAGAUAAAGAAAUAUGUAAAUAUAUUUCACAAGAGCUGCAUUACAUUCUAAUUUCUUUUGCUUUGCCUGAUUAUGUUCAAUAUGUUUUCUGUACAAAAAUAAUUGUGUUUUAUCAUAGUCUGGAAUCAUACAUCAGGCAUAUUUUAAAAGAUCUUUAUUUUGUUCUCUAAGUUCUUGUAGUAAUAAUAAUGGAAGGAGAAAUACUAUUUGUGGUAGAUCAACACAGCCUUGUCUAUUUGGAGAAGUAUUUGUCUUUAUUGUUGUUUUUAAAAUGCUUUGUAUUUUGUGUAUUUAAAGUUAAAAAGAAUUA